GGCUGGUUCUCUACCACUAGCCCCACCUGGGAAGCCCACAUACUACUUUAUAAUUCAGAAAAAUUUGUACCCCCUUCAUGAAACCUCAGAACAAACCAUUGAGGCUAUCGGUGUCAUACCCACUUUACAGAUGAAGAUAGCUUUAGAUAAGAGGUGUGGUGUGCAGCUAAAUUUCGUGGAUUUGAAUCCUCUCCUGUUAACAUUAUAUUGUAUUGCUUUCCACCACAACUACUAAGGGACUGUGUUUUUGGCUUGUUUUUCCUUUCUGCAAACCAUUUCCUUUGCAUUAGUGCCCUCCGGAAUAAAAGCUUAGAAAGCUUUUUAGCCUUCUGAGUGUAUUUUUUAGGAAAUCACGAAUUCACUAUGCUAUUUAUCAGUCAUGAGUUCUAAAGUGUACAGUACCACCGAGGAAGCAAAUGUAAUCUGGUAAAGUAAUAACUUUACACUCGACAACGCUUAACACAGAAAGGCAUUACUGUCUCACCCAAUGGGAAGCAUCACUGGUGUAUAGUGUGCUUUGUGUUGGGGAUGCCAGAGGAAGUGGAUGUGACCAAGUUUAACGCCUAGACUGCGUAACUUGAACUUUUAUCUUGUUCAUGUCUCUCUUAAGUUUCAUCUGAUGAGCACAAGGUACAAGAUCCAGUCCUAACAGCUCUUUCUUUUUUCCCCCCUUAUAGUUGACGUCGGCUGUACUCUCAACAGCCCUUUGCUCUCUUAGCUGCUGUGCUUCCUAGGUUUCUUUUGCACAAAAUCUUCCAGACCUGCUCUUUUCUGGACACGCUGGUCCCCUGCACGGUCGGGGGUUGGGUCCCAAGCUUCCAUGCCAUUCUCACUUGACCUGCCUUAGGACCCUAAAGUAUUUCAUUGUGCCUGAAAAGCUCCCGGCUCCAUCGGUUAACCCUACUUUACUGCGCUCCAGGUUCUCCUGAUCGCUUCUCGAGCCCUCCUCAGGGUUCGGUCCGUAUGGGUUCCGAGACGCUCAGAAGGAGGACAGCAGGCUCUGCGACUCGUCCUGUUCCGCGAUCCAGCUCCGCAGACUUCCUGGUUCCAGGUGCUGAAUGUGGAGUAAAUGCAGAUGUUGAGAAGCAUCUGGAAUUGGGCAAGAAACUCCUUGCAGCUGGACAGCUCGCAGAUGCGUUAUCUCAGUUUCACGCUGCAGUAGAUGGUGACCCUGAUAACUAUAUUGCUUACUAUCGGAGAGCUACUGUCUUUUUAGCUAUGGGCAAAUCAAAAGCAGCACUUCCUGAUUUAACUAAAGUGAUUGAAUUGAAGAUGGAUUUCACUGCAGCAAGAUUACAGCGAGGUCACUUAUUACUCAAACAAGGAAAACUUGAUGAAGCAGAAGAUGAUUUUAAAAAAGUGGUAAGUUAAGUUCAGUUUUUAUGUGGCUCUGCUAAG